AUGGACACCAUUACCAUUUAUCCAGAUUUCGUAAUGACCCAAUCUCUACCCCACAAGAUUCUAAUGAAGGUGACGGCAGCAUUGAUUUAUCAAUAUGUCGUCGCUGUUGUGGAUGCUUCUGAUGGCUUCGAAACCGCAGCUUUUGGUGAAGAUGCUCCAAGUAUAAAUCCACGGUUUAAGUUUCUAGCCAAAGACUUCACUUCAUUCGCGAUUCCUGAAGAAUUCCGAAAUCAGAUCGCCAUCGAUCAGCCAACGAAUGGCUUCUGGCCAAAUCCGAAAGCGAUUCAGGAGAUUUAUCGCCCAAAAAGCCAACAUGCUCAGCGCAUUGAUGAAGGCAAGUCACAUUCAAGAUCACCAUCAGCAAGAAUUCUAAUCCAUCAUGCCGACGCCCAAAACUUCGAAACUAGCUCUUUUCCCGUUUGUGGGGAUACGUGCUCGAAGAUGGCAUGGGAAAUUCAUCCGUCAGGCGGCAAGACAACGGACACCGACACUUCGUUACCUGUAGAGUCACUGUUGCUCAUGCCACCGUCGUCUACAACCAAAUUACCUCUCGAGGUAGUGGUUCGCUUGGUUUACGGCACACGAGACCGUCAGAACUCUACAUCAGCUGUGCGUGGCACUUCGGCAGCUGAACUACCGUCCUUCCUCACAGGCGCGUCUAAUGACGUCAUCAGGAAAUAUUUUGAGAUUACUAACAAUCCGACGUUAACGAAGGGUGAUGUGAAAAACGCGCUAAAGCGCUGGAAACUGAUGCUUUCAACGGAUCUUUUGGAAAAGUACGAUGAGGUCCAAGUCGAGAAGGCGCAAAAAUUGGCGGAAGAGCACGAUCGACAAUCGCAACGAAUCAGCUCGCUGAGCGUCAUGGCGAAACAAGUGGCCGAACAGAUUGAGGCGAUUCGGUCCAAUGAUGGACUGACGAUGGCCGAAGAAGAGUACCUGAUUGGCGACAUCAUGCAGAGUAUUCCUGAUGAUGUCAGAGCCGAACUUAUUUCACUGUGA